AUGGAAGCUAUCGUAAAACAAUGUAAAAAGGCAUGUCCCUUUUUACAUAAUUCUACUACAGCCACUCUUAGUAAACUUUCACGUAUGCCAGCUCCAGCUGGUUUUGCCUUCGAAGUAAGCGGUAAUGUUCGAGCAAAUGCUUUGACUACCAUGGCACAAAAAUGCCCAGUUAUGGGAAAAGCAAUGGCAAUUCAAAGCAAAAGUUAUUUGCGUACUUCCGCCAGAUUAGCGAAACAACCUACCCUUCCCUUGAAACAAGCUGCUUUAAUUAAUAAUGAAAACGAAGCACGUGUUGCCGCUGCCGUCAUGGCUGCUUUACAUCCAACAACCCAUUCGACUCAUUCUAGACCAUUCGAUUAUGAAACACUUUAUAAGUCUGAAUUAGAAAAAAAACAUCAGGAUAAAAGUUAUAGAUAUUUUAAUAAUAUUAAUCGUCUCGCUAAACAAUUUCCGAAAGCUCAUACUGCUAACCUCCAAGAAGAAGUUACUGUUUGGUGCAGUAAUGAUUAUCUUGGAAUGGGAAGAAAUCCCUUAGUUCUAGAGUCUAUGCAAAAAACCAUGAACAAGUAUGGGGCAGGAGCUGGUGGUACUCGUAAUAUUGCUGGGAAUUGUAAUUUACAUUUACAACUUGAAACUGAAUUGGCGGAUCUUCAUCAUAAACCUGCAGCACUUGUUUUUUCUUCUUGUUAUGUUGCUAAUGAUGCAACAUUAAGCACGCUAGCAUCAAAAUUACCAGGAUGUGUAAUUUUUUCUGACGCAUCAAAUCAUGCUUCGAUGAUUCAAGGAAUUAAACAUUCAGGAGCGAAAAAAACGAUCUUUAAACAUAAUGAUUUACAAGAUCUUGAAACAAAAUUGCAAUCGGUUGAUAUUCGUAUACCAAAAAUUAUCGCUUUUGAAAGUGUUUAUUCGAUGUCAGGAUCGGUUGGACAUAUUGAAGAAAUUUGUAAUCUUGCUAAGAAAUACGGUGCAAUUACAUUUUUAGAUGAAGUUCAUGCUGUUGGUAUGUACGGACCUCGUGGAGCUGGUGUAGCUGAGCAUUUAGAUUUUGAUUUAAAUGCUCGUUAUCCUCAUGGAAAUAAUGGUGGCAUCCUUGAUAAAGUUGAUAUUAUUUCUGGUACUCUCGGUAAAGCUUUCGGGGUUGUGGGAGGUUACAUAGCCGGUUCUGCUGCGUUAAUUGAUAUGAUUAGAUCUUAUGCUCCUGGAUUCAUUUUUACCACCUCCCUUCCACCUGUUGUUGUAUCUGGUGCCAAAACUUCUAUUCAAUAUUUAAAAGAAUCUACAAAAGAACGCGAAAAACAACAACUCAAUACUCGAUUACUCAAAAGUCGCCUGGCUCAAUUAAAUAUUCCUGUGGUGCCAAAUCCUUCCCAUAUCGUGCCUGUACUUGUUGGUGAAGCUGAAGCUUGUAAAGUUGCUUCUGAUCAAUUAUUACGUGAACAUGGUAUCUAUGUUCAAUCGAUUAAUUAUCCAACUGUAUCUAAAGGAGAAGAAAGGUUGAGAAUUACUCCUACUCCUGGUCAUAAUGAACAAAUGACUAAUCAUUUAGUUGAUGCUUUAGAAAAUAUCUGGAGAAAGAAUGGUUUUAAGCGGGUUAACGAUUGGAAAAACGAAGGUGGUAGAGCUGGUGUCGGUAUUAAUGCACCAAAUCCUAAACCUAUUUGGACUGAUGCUCAAUUGAGGCUUGUUUCCGGUCGUGGCACCACUGAAAUUAAUCCUAAUCUUGUAUUUAAUGAUCGUGCAGCAGUCUCCGAAAAUAAUCCUCAGGUUAUGGGAAUUACUACGUAUUAA